AUGGGCAAGUGGGAUGGUGGGAAACACAAAAAAAAGUGUCAAAACCUCGGACAUAACCUGUUAAGAUGUGGUGAAAAUUUUGGAAGAGAAGUCAUAUAUAAAACACUAGAUGAUGAAUGAGCGAGCAGAUUUUUAUAUAGAAAAACUGUAUACACCGUACGUGCUUUGUGAAUGUUAGGGUCCCUGUGUCCUGGUCUGUAGACUUGAAUUAAUUUGUAAAUAUUAAAAAAGCAUCUUUUCAGUAAUGGAUCCUACAAGCAGAGUAGUAGUCUUAAUUGACAUGGAUUGUUUCUAUUGCCAAGUAGAAGAAAAACUCAACCCAAAGUUGAAAGAUAAACCAAUAGCUGUUGUACAGUAUAAUGCAUGGAGAGGUGGAGGAAUAAUAGCUGUUAAUUAUCCCGCUCGCGACGAAGGCGUUACUAGACAUAUGAGAGGCAACGAGGCUAAAAAGAAGUGCCCUAGUAUUAAUCUAGUUCAGGUUCCUGAAGUUCGUGGAAAAGCUGAUUUAACAAAGUAUCGAGAUGCAGGCAAAGAAGUAGCAGAUGUUUUGGCUACAUUUACUCCACUUCUUCAGAGAGCUUCUGUAGAUGAAGCAUAUUUAGAUAUUACUGAACUGGUUGAGAAAAGAAUUUCAACAGAUUUAAAUGACUUAAAAGUAGACAAUUUAACCAACACUUUCAUUGUGGGAUCUGAUUUAAAUGAUUUUCUUCAUAAUAUAAAUUAUAGUCAAGAAUUUUCUACAGGUAAUUUAAAACUAGCAAUGGGAGGUCUUAUUACUGAAGAAAUACGUUUUGAAGUUUUUAAAAAGACAGGAUACAAGUGUUCUGCGGGGAUAGCCCACAAUAAAAUUUUAGCGAAAUUAGUAUGUAGUUUACACAAGCCCAAUAAACAAACAAUUUUACCACAGGAUGCAGUUGAAAUGUUUUUUGAGACAACAUCAAUUAAUAAGAUCAAGAGUUUAGGAGGCAAAUUUGGACAAACUGUUGCGUCCGACUUUCAAAUUAAGUUCAUGAGCGAGUUAGCAAAAAUACCAGAAAAACAAUUAAUGCAAAAAUAUGAUGAAAAAACUGCUAAUUGGUUGUAUAAUGUAUCAAGAGGUAUUGAUUUGGAACCUGUAACAACAAAGUUGAUAUCUAAGUCCAUUGCAUGUUGCAAAAACUUCCCUGGGGUAACGUCAUUGAAGUCUGCAGAGAGUAUCGAACAUUGGCUUUGUAAGUUGUCAGAAGAAAUGGGCGAAAGAUUGGAAAAAGAUUUAAGAGAAAAUAAUAGAAAAGCUAAACAAAUCGUUAUUAGUUUUUCACAAGAGAUAAAUAAAAAAGAUGUGAGCAGUUCAAGAACACAUCCACUGUCAUCUUAUGAUCCACACAAAAUCGCUAGAAUUGCUUUUGAUGUUAUCAGAAAAUUUUGUCUUCGAAGUGAUGAUACUUACCAUGUGAAAUUCUUAGGUUUAAGUGCAUGCCACUUUGAAGAUGUUAAAAAAGUAAGAGAAAUCACAACAUUCUUUCAAGUUAGGCAAAGCACAAGUACUUGCCAGAAAAUAGGUAAACAAGACAAUAUUCAAGAAGUAGAGUGCAACAUUGUGGAUGAAAAUUGUGAAAAGAAAGAUAAUGAGAUCACAGAAAAAAAUAUAUAUUGUCAGCUUACACAAGAAUUAGAUGAAGAUAUUAACCAGUUGAUAUUUUAUGAUGAUUCAUGUAGGCUUAAAAAUGACAACAAUAUUUUAGAACAAUUAAAUAGCUCUAGUGCCACAGAUUUGACAGAAAAUUCAACCAGUAACAAUAUUUGCAAUGUUAAUGAAGAAACUCAAGAAUGUGAAAAACCUCCAUCAUCAUUCUUUGUCAACUAUUUUGAUAACGAUACUGUACCACAAAGUGAUAUAGUGUCAAUAGAAGAUAAUUCUCGCCCUGAUUCCGACCAUAGUGAAGGUUACGUUGAUAAUUAUGUUGAAAAGGAAGGUGAAACUUGUACAGAGUGUCAGAAGCUCAUACCACUCGAUGACUUAAUGUCUCACCAAGAUUAUCAUUUUGCUUUAAAAUUGUCAAGAAAUGAAAACUCCCUUCAAAACACAAACACCAGAGACAAUAAUCAUCAAAAACCUGAUGAUGCAGUUAACACCAGUAAAAAACGAGGUAGACCCAAAAGCAUAAAAAGAAAAGUUGAAGGAAAUAGUACAUUGAUGAUAUUUUUUAAAAAGGAUGAAGAAAAUGAUCCAAGUGCUGUUACAGAAACUUGCUUAGAAUGUAAUAAGAAAAUAAAAAUAGAAGAACUUAGUAGUCACAUGGAUUAUCAUACAGCAAAAAAAAUACAUCUAGAAAUAAAUGCAAUUAAGUCUUCUGCAAGAUCUGUAAGCCCACCCAAAAAGAAAUCAAGCAAAGGUAAAAAUCAAACAUCCAACAGAAGUGUUAUUUCAUUUUUUAGACCUGUAUAAUGAAUCAUUUUACACUUUUAUUGUAUGUUAAAUUUUAUAGGUAAUUCGUGAAGAUGUAAUUAUAUUUUUACAAUACAUUUUUAUUUUAUAAA